UAUAAGACGCUUCGUGGUCGCGUAUGUUUGGAUGCAGGGUGUCUUUUACUCUUUUCAACUGCGAAUUUUAGUACGAAUUCUUCGCAUAAGUUAAAUUGUUUGAAUAGUGAAAGAAGCCUCGAAGAUGCUAAAGCAGGACGAGAAUCAAGUGCAAAAUAAUGACGAACGAGAUCGAAGUAGGGAACGAGAUCGCAAUCGCAGAUCAGACAGACAAACACGCAUAAACUCGACGAGUCAUGAUCGAAGCAGAGACCGAAACGAUCGUGGCGGCAGGAAAGCUUCGGAUCGCCGGAUUUACGUAUCAAACAUUCCCUAUGAUUUUCGUUGGCAAGAUCUUAAGGAUCUUUUUCGGACCGAGGUCGGAAAAGUUGCACACGUGGAGCUUUUCACCGAUGAAAAUGACAAACCGAGAGGCUGCGGAAUUGUCGAGUUCGAAGAUUCGGACUCUGUAAAAGUUGCCGUCGAAAAGAUGCAUAGAUACGACAUUAAAGGAAGAAAGCUUGUGGUGAAGGAGGUAGAUUUUGACAUCGAACGUGAUAAAUAUGGUCGGUUAGCCACAGCUCGUAACAAUGAUAGAGUACGUGAUGAUAGAUUUAGAGAGCCACCGAGACCACAAGGUGGUGGACGACAAAAUAUGAAUGUACCAAGUGGUGGAGGCGGAGGCGGAGGUGGCGGUGGUGGUGGUGGCGGCGGCGGUGGCGGCGGUGGUGGUGGUGGAGGAGGAGGAGGCGGCGGUGGUGAUAAUAAAUUUGGAAAUACCUACGGUUUAAGUACUCAGUUUUUAGAAUCCUUAGGUAUUAAUGGACCUUUAGUUACUAGAGUAUUUGUUGCAAAUCUUGAUUAUAAAGUGGACGAAAAGAAAUUAUUAGAGGUAUUCAAACUAGCUGGUAAAGUAUUGCAUGUUGAGUUAGGCAAGGAUAAAGAUGGAAAGUCUCGAGGUUUUGGAGUUGUAGAAUAUGAUCAUCCGGUAGAAUCAGUGCAAGCCAUAUCAAUGCUUCACAAUCAACAACUUUAUGACAGGCGUAUGACUGUCCGACUUGAUAGAGCAAAUGAACCAGAUAUGCCACCAAAGUUACCAGAAGGUUUGAAAGGACUUGGAAUGGGACUUGGAGCUGGUGGUAAUAGAUUAAUGGAUGUAGCUAGAAACAUUCCUAAUGUUCAGGCAAAUAAUCCUCCCGUUGUAAAUCCUAUUUCUGCUCCUGUGUUGGCUGCUGGAGCCUUUGGAGCUGGUUUAAACAAUGUUGUCCCAGCACAAUUAGCAUCUGCAUUGACAAAUACAAAUGCUGCAGCUCUUCAAGCAAGUCUGGCUGGAGGUUUAAGUGCAAACUUGACCACCAGUUCUCUGCUAAAUUCAUCUUUGACAAAUGAAUUGGCUUCUAACUUAAAUAGCUUCGGCGGAGGAGUCGGAGGUUUGUCUAGUUUACAAGCCUCUUUAUCUGGUGGCCAAGGCAACAAUUCCUUUGCGCCGCGAGGUUUAUCUAAAAUGGACAAUGAUGUAGGCUUCGGUGGAAACAAUUCAUUUGGUGGUUCUAACUUCGGUGGCGGUAGAGAUUUUGACGGUGGAUUCAAUAGAGGAGACAACGACCGCGGUCCUGGUGGGGGCGGUGGCUUUAGUGGAAAUCAGGGACAGGGAGGAGGCGGCAACAGGCAAAAUGCUAAUGGUUCACGACCAAUGUCUGACACUAUUCUUAUAGGAAACCUACCACCAAAUACCACAUGGCAAAUGUUACGAGAUAAGUUCCAAGAUGUUGGAGAAGUCAAAUUCGCUGAAAUGCGGGGAACCGACAUGGGAAUGGUACGAUUCGCGUCCGACUGGGAUGCUGAACGUGCUGUGUCUAUGAUGAAUCGGUCGCGUAUUGACGGCAGAACGAUCGAAGUUCGCCUUUACUAAAUCUUGGGGGGAACACACUCAAGGUAACAGUAAUAGAGAACCUCUGCAUAGGUUGAUGCUUAACCAUAACUUAUUGAUGCAGCGAGAGGAGACUGGGUGUUCGUAUGUGGUCUGCAGGAUUGUUCCGCUCCUGAUGACAAUACUUGAAAUUCAUCCUAGUUGUGUGGCAGAACUUAGGACAGUGGGUGAGAAGUAUCUGUCGUUGGAAGAUCAACAAUCGUGUUUUAAAUGCCUACUUCAACGUCGAAAAGAAUGCUUAUUGGCUGCCGGUGAUCACCCUUCCUUGCUACGGCUGUUUCAGUUGAAAAAAAAAAUUCUUUACUAGAAUUAUCGUUCCUUUUUGCAGUGGAAGUCCUACUAAACAGUUCGUUCCCGAUAUCGGAUACUUUUCGUGUGAUCGAUACAUAGUUUAAUUGUUAGGCUUAGGUUCAUAAUGUUCAACGUAAUCCGUAGGUUUUUUCAGUACAUAGGUUAUACGCUAUUUACAGUAAUUAUCAAAACGUAGCUUGUAUGUUUAUUUUCUUAGUUUUUGUGACGAGAGAUCAAUCGGUUUUUCCACAUUCCGGUCGGAGAACGCGAGACGCUUCUUGGUCGUGUUCGCGGUGUGGUCAAUCGAUCCAGGUUAGACAGAUUAAUCUUUCAAGCAUAAAUACUAACGCGAUAUAGCUGUUACGGGCUUUACAAGUUUAAAGUUUAUCCAUGUAUGAUAGAUAAUUUCAUGCACAAUCCUACGCAGAUCGUGGACGUGUGUCGGUUUUUCUGUGGUAUCGGUCGCACUCUAUUCUUGUAUCUAACACAUAACGAGAUACAUGAUGGCUCAACAGGGGACUGUGUAUUGUUUCCAUUUGUAGUUCUGCGGUCUGAUCUUUUACUUGUCGCGCCACAUCGUUCUUAGUAAACUUGGAGAUUCAAGUAGUGCAUACAAAAUUUUAGUUGUCAUUAGGAAAGGCCCCUUUCUUAUAGUUCACUCACUUCGAGACUUUGGCGACCGAAGAUUGGAUGACUUUGUACCCCCUGAAAUUUGGCAGAAUUGUCUUACGUAUUGUGCAUUAGAAUAUGUUUACCAAAAAGUAGGUGAAUGUUUAAUCUAGAGAACAAGGAAACAAUUUUUAAUCAUCUUUCAGCGUUGAAAGAAAGUGCACAUAACACAGAGGCUCUCCAGCUAAUUUUAUAGAUUUCCAUUUUUUGGUAAACAUAUUUCCUCUCGCCACGUAGAUUUCGAGGAACAUUCUGCGAAUUGUGUAACACUCUUGUAUAACCACGACAUCAUGACAGUGAUUGAAUAAAAUCCAAAUCCGUUUUGAC